AUGUAUACCGCGUCGAAUGCCUUUUUCGACGCCAUCUGGGAUGCGGGCGUCACCCACUGCUUCGUCAACCUCGGCUCGGACCACCCGAGCUUCCUCAACGCCAUGGUCCAGGGGCAGCGCGAGAAGAAGGACAACUUCCCCCGCAUAAUCACCUGUCCGAACGAAAUGGUCGCCAUGUCCAUGGCCGACGGCUUCGCCCGCCUGACCAACCGCCCGCAGUGCGUCAUCGUGCACGUCGACGUCGGCACGCAGGCCCUCGCCGCCGCCGUCCACAACGCCUCCGCCGGCCGCUGCCCCGUGCUCGUCUUCGCCGGCCUCUCGCCUUUUACUCUUGACGGCGAGCACCGCGGCUCCCGCACCGAGCACAUCCACUGGAUGCAGGACGUCCCCGACCAGCGCGCCAUCCUCGCCCAGUACUGCCGCUACGCCGGCGAGCUCAAAACCCCGCGCAACGUCAAGCAGCUGGUCAACCGCGCGCUGCAGUUCGCGCGCUCGGACCCCCAGGGGCCGGCGUACCUGUGCGGCGCGCGCGAGAUCAUGGAGGCCGAGGUCGAGCCGUACGAGAUCAAGCAGGAGGAGUGGUCGCCGAUUGCGCUGGGCGGGCUGCCGAGGGGGGCGGCGGGGGAGGUGGCGUGGUGGGCGGGACCACGCGUUUCCGGGGGCGCUGGUGAGGUUGGCGGAUGCGGUGCCGGGGUUGCAGGUGCUGGACACGGGCGCGUGCGACAUGUGCUUCCCGGCGACGCACGCGGCGUGGGCGGGCUCGCGGUACGGCGUGGAGCCGUGCAUCGAGGCGGCGGACGUGAUCCUGGUGGUCGACUGCGACGUGCCGUGGAUCCCGACGCGGUGCCGGCCGCGCGACGACGCGGUCGUCUUCCACGUCGACGUCGACCCGCUGAAGCAGCUGAUGCCCGUGGCGCGCUGGAGCAGAUCCUGGCCAGCUUGGGCGAGGGGCCGGCGGCGGAGACGCUCAAGGCGAGGACAGAUGCGGAGGAGCAGCAGGAGCGGGUCAGGAAGGAGUACGAGGAAAGGCUGGCGAGGAUCGAGGAGGCUGCGAAGCCGAAGCCGGACGGCGGGUUCGGGGCGGGUCAUUUGUGUAGCAGGUUGCGGGAGCUGUGCCCGCCGGACACCAUCUGGGCGGUCGAGGCGGUGACCAACACGCCGUGGGUGCACGACAACAUCCGAGCGUCGCUGCCCGGCUCGCUACUCAACUGCGGCGGCGGCGGCCUGGGGUGGUCCGGCGGCGCGGCGCUGGGCAUCAAACUCGCCACCGACGCCGACGGCGACCGCAAGUUCGUCGUGCAGAUCGUCGGCGACGGCACCUACAUGUUCUCCGUGCCGAGCAGCGUGUACUGGAUCUCGAAGCGGUACAACAUCCCGAUCCUGACGAUUGUGCUCAACAACAACGGAUGGAACGCGCCGCGGCAGUCAUACAACCUGGUGCACCCGGACGGCAUCGCGCAGACGGCGACAAACGACGAGAUCAACAUCGCGUUCAACCCGACGCCCGACUACGCGGGCAUCGCCAAGGCCGCGGCGUGCGGAGACCUCUUCGCGGCGCGCGUGAGCGAGGCCGAGGCGCUGCCGGGGGUGCUCCGGGAGGCGAUUGAGAAUGUCAAGGCGGGUCGGUCGGCCGUCCUGGACUGUGCUGUUGUGCUGGGUUGCUGA